UACUUUUUAUUUGAAUGUCAACAUACUGUAUGAAUAUGCACAAAACCGACAUGAUCACAUAAACUGCACGUGGACUGCUUCAUAUAAGCAGAUUAUGUCUUUUAUACGUAUUCUAACUCUAAGUACUAUAAGCUUCCGGUAAAAAAAAGGACAUUUUUUUUGUCAGGGCACCGCUGUAUGCAAUAUUGGCAACCUGGGAAUUUUCGCUUGUGCUGUUGUUACAUGAAAAAUGAUGAAGAAUGGGGACAGGGAGGACAUUUGAUCCUCACAGUAACCAUGUUGUACUUCAAGUGCUUUCAAACAAAGCACAGAUUUAUAUUUCAGCUCUCCGCUGAAUGCCUCACAUGCAAUAAAUGCAAAAGAAUUAUUAAUGGCCCCAUGUACGGAUAACCAGCUCCAGUCUGAAUGUGUACAUUAUGUCUGUUGCUGUGAGCUGAAGUGAUUUGUUGAAGAACUAGAGAGACAAUGACAGUAAGAGAUGGAGGGCAAAGAUGGGGGAAUGACGACAAAGUGGAGUUAUAGAUUAAGGAGAGCAGCGGAAAUGACAGGGUGAGGGAUGAGGGCACACAGAGGGGACGGAGAGACACUGGAAGAUAUUCAGUGAGAUUGUGUGCGAGAUAUAGAAUUGGAUGAGAGGCGAAAAACAAAAAAGCCUGGAGACUGAAAGGAGAAACCAGAAGAAAAAGACAAAUACAAGGCAGAAAGAGACAGAGAACUAAGGAAGACAGUGUGAGGCAGGCUAAUGUACCUGGGGUUGGUAGAGGUGGAGGAGUCGAGAGGGAUGCAUGUAUGCGAGGAGGCGGUAAAGAAGCUAAAAGUUAGUGGGAAAAAGACAGUGAAGGCAGUGUUGUGGGUUUCAGCUGAUGGACUCAGGGUGGUGGAUGAUAAAACUAAGGACCUCAUUGUGGACCAGACCAUAGAGAAGGUUUCAUUCUGCGCUCCUGAUCGAAACUAUGACAAGGCCUUCUCCUACAUCUGCCGGGACGGGACCACCAGACGGUGGAUGUGCCACUGCUUCAUGGCUCUCAAAGACUCGGGAGAGAGACUGAGCCAUGCAGUUGGCUGUGCCUUUGCCGCCUGUCUGGAGAGGAAGCAGCGCAGGGAGAAGGAGUGUGGCGUGACGGCGUCCUUUGAUGCCAGUCGCACUUCAUUUGUUCGUGAGGGCUCCUUCCGCGCCAACUCCUCCUGCAGCCAGCAGGGCAGCAGCAGCGAGCGAGAUGACAAACUGCAGGAUAAGAAGAAAGACCAGCCCUCUGCCAUCCCAGCCCUGCCACCUGGCACCGCCUCCCCACCCGAGGGUGCGGCGUCCCCUAUGGAGCGCCCAGAACCUGGCGGGCCUCACGCCAUCCCUCGCCGCCACGCGCCUAUUGAGCAGCUGGUGCGUCAAGGAUCCUUCAGGGGAUUCCCUGCCCUCAGCCAGAAAAACUCUCCCUUCAAAAGGCAGCUGUCGCUCCGCCUCAAUGACCUGCCAUCCACGCUGCAACGCAAGACCGACUUCCAGGCCAAGAACCCUGUACUAGAGAUGGAUAUGGGGAUGCCGGGUGAAGGAGACAGUAGUAUCAAUGCCCUGUGUAGCCAGAUCAACACCUCUUUCACCAAGCCGUCAGAGGAGCUCUUCUCCAACCCCUCUUCAUCUGCCAAUGGCCCGCCAACCUGCACUGUGCCCCCUGUCCUGCCUCCACCACCUGCACCAAUGCAGGCCACCUCUUCCUGGGUGCAGCCGGAUCCUCCGCUCCACUCUCCUCCUCCAGUCUCAGUGGCAAUGCAGAUCCAGAUGCAGAUGCAUAUGCAGAGCGGACACAAGCGCACGCCCUCUGAGGCAGAGAGAUGGCUGGAGGAGGUCUCCAAGGCUGUCAAGGCUCAACAAUCCCCUCCUCCAGGCCCCACCAUCCCCACCAUCCCUGGACCACCCUCUGUGUCGAGUCACCAAGUGUCCAGUCAGGCAGCCAUAUCAGCUGCCCCAGUGUCCACCAUCUCCAUGCCGCUUGGCACCAUGUCCAAACCCCUCAUCACAGGCCCCUCUGCUCUCUCAGGUCAGGCCCCAAUGCCCCUCCCACCCAUGUCGAUAUCAUCAGUCCCUCUAAUACCAGGCCCUCCAGUGUCAGGCCCCCCGAUGUCUCUACCUUCCAUGUCUAUCCCUACCAUGUCAGGUCCAAGCAUGUCAGGGGCCUCCAUGAUCCAGCCCUCCCUCCCUGGGCCCCCAGGCUCCCUCCCAAGCUCCAUGCAACCCUUCCCCCUGGCCUUUGAUUCUACUCCGGCUCCUGUGGGGAUGUUCGCCAGCCCGCCUGUCCAACCGGCUUUUGUGCCCAUGCAGACCUACAUGCCAGGCCUGGCUAGCAGUAUGACCUACCCCAACGCCAGUGUGCCUGUGGUAGGAAUCACACCAUCACAAAUGGUGGCCAACGUCUUUUGCACCGCCACUGGCUCGUCCGGAGCUGGAGUUGCCAUUGGCUCCGCUGUCGGAGGACCCAAAGUGGGACCACUUGGAACAGCCGGUCAGCACCAUUCUUACCCAGCAGCUGCUGGUGCAGUUGGGCACACCGGAGGGUUUUCCACGCCGCCAUUCUCUUCCACCCCACCACUAUCAACAGCCAUUAAUGGCCUCCCAUCACUCAGCAGCGCCACGAUGGCCCUUCAGAACGGGACCUCCAACAGUGGCGGGAAUGGUGGCAGCAGUAGUAGCUGGCCACCAGAGGGCAGCCAGCUAACAGCACCGAUGGCCAACGAUUCCCAAGAUGAUGAUCGUUUUGAGGCCAAGUGGGCGGCACUGGAGACCAAACCAGCGCCUCAGCAGCCAGGGAAUAAGGUGCCAGCUGCAGCAGCCAACCCAUUUUCCAACAAUCUGCAAAAGACUUUUGAGAUUGAGCUCUAAGCCAGAGUCGGUCUCCCAAAGCUGUAGUGCUAGCCCUGGAGUUAAUGCCUGGGAAAGCCAGAUACUGAUUCCAGCAUCUGUGCUUAGAACGGGAUGCAGGUCCUGAAAGUUAGCCUAGCAUCCGCUCUGUGGCAGCCUAGCAACCUGCUAAAAGCUCUCAUAGGAGUCAAUACUAUAAUGAUCUUAAUUGCUUUCUUUUCACUCCCUUGAGAGCUAGUGAGUAGUUGGCAGAUUGCUGGGCUGCCAUUGGAGGAUCAGGUCUCUAGCUCACUAGACUUGAUGAACUCAAUCCUGCUACUUCACCUUAUUUCCACCUCUCCCCUGCUUUCACUUCUCCACUCUGGCUUUACUUUACCUGCUGCAAGUCCGUGGAUGUACUGUAUGUGCCACCCUGAGGACGUUAUGGGGGGACACAGUUCUGUGGUUUCUUUCUUUAAAAGCAGACUCCACUCAGAUGCAUUCCAAUCCCAUGAGAUGUUUUUGGCAGUUUUGUUUCUGGUGGAGAUUUUGGUGGAGAACUUAGCAGACAGUCUUGCUACAUCACAAGACAUGCAGAGAGGCAGAGAAGCGAUUAGUUGACUGAUGAACAGAUUGAUGCUGAUCUUAGCCAAGCACAGCAGAAGUUUGGAUACGUGAAAGGACUAGCCAAUUACGUGAGACCUGACCCUACCAACCCAAAAGGACUUACUGACCAAUAGUAGAGAUUUAUGGCCAAAAUGAUUUUAUUUAUUGUACUUUAUUUUUUAUUUUAACAAGUUAUAUAUACUUAAAAAUCAAAAAUUUAAAGCAGUGUUUCAGGAGCGUGUUGUUUUUAUCCCCUAUAUUUAUUUUUGUUGAUCUGUAAAGAGGAGGGAAACAACAGUAACAGACAGGUAACCAAGGUGAUUGGGCAGCAGUAAAGGGAGAAAGCUUGGUGGGAAACUGAGUCAUGUAACAGGAACCAAAUAACCAGGGCUGACAGCACAGCAGCAUGUUGCCCGACACGUACAAGAGAAUAAGUGUAUAUAGUGGCAUGUUUCUUCCACCCGUCAGCCCUCACGUAUAUACGCUUCACUGCUGCCAGACGAGUCAGUAUAGCUUCACUUUGGCUCUGUAGCCCAUUUCUGUUGCUAAAGCCUACCUUUAAGGGCACUGGGACAUGAGAAAUCACUUCAGGAUAUCCAGCAAACAGACACUCUGGACAAUACAACACAACACAGCAGUCCUUUGGACCUCAUCUUCUCCAGGAAAACCCACAGAACUUUUACAACUCAGUGGAAUUAUAAAACACUAUAACACUGUGCAACUGGUUGGAAAAAAAUGAUGCACCACAUUCCAACAUUCAUAAAUCUUUUAAAGUGUUCAAAUAUAAGGUAUAGUCUCAUCAUAUACAGUGUGAUUGUGUGUUCACUACUGUUGCAGUGGUUCUGCAUUCAUAAAGAGAAGAGGAACAUGAGCAGACAUAAACCGAGGCGUGGCAAAUGGAAGAAAUAAAGGAUCUCUGAUGCAGAAUUACAGCAGAGUGAACAAGAUUGGAUUGACAGAUUAACAUAGAGAAAAUGUAAUGGCAGCAGAAUAGAUAGCUAGCAGAAAGCAAAGAGGAAGGAUAAGCUGUAUGUGGAAGACUGAAGGAGAGAAUGGAGCUACACCUUUAAGGAAUGAGAAGGAGGAAGUCUGAAGACAGGAAAAAGAGACAAGAUGUGAUGAAAAAGAGAUGAGAGUGAGAGACAGAGUGUGUGAAAAACAUUCAGAACAAAGACACAUUCAUUCACGUUUUUUUUUUUUUUUCUUUUUGCCUACCCAAGAGUCAAGGCUGAGCCACUUCCAUUACAGCAUCAUGUUCCUCAACUCUUUAAACCUGCAUCGCAAACAAUGCUUUUGAUUAUAUUUUUUUAAAAAUGUGGCUUACUACAUAAUUGCAAUCUCAUAAACAAGAUUUUAUAAGUACUGUAUGUGCAACUCCCUAUAUAAGUAUCUGCAACUCAAACAAUGUCAUGAAAGCUGUCUGUGUUUUGACUUGCAGUUUGUGGCAUGAGCCAUAAAAGUUUGGAUCUAUUGAAGAAGAAAUGUUCUUUAUGGAAGAGCUUUUCCAUGUGAGCUGUAGCAAACAGGUGCUGUGUGUUAUAUAAAGUGGACCAGAGAUGCUCCUGCCCAACAGGACCGUUAUGUUCCUUGGGAAUUCAAUUGUAUGGAUACGGACUGCCAGUGAUUAGGUUUCCUGCUCAUUAAAUCCCCACAGUUCAAUUAGCUUACUGGGUCUCUUCCUGUGGCAGCGAUCCCUUCUGAUAGGCUGCCUUUUCAAAGAACCUAAAUUUAUGUGCCACAGGCUUCCAGGGUCCCUCCCAGGGUCUUUGUCUGUCUUUGUUUUCUGACAAAUCAAUAUUUCUUCCCCACCAAACAAAUCCAAAUUGCUCUCUCUACCCUCCUCUCGUUAAAGAACAAGACUCAUGAAAUUGAUGCUAUUAUUUUAUAUUAAUUGAAAAUAUAUUUUAGCCCUUGACUCUUGUUUGCACGCCCUCCAAAUUAUAAAUGUAGGUUAAUUGUGUUCUGCGUUAAAGCAAACUUAAUGACCUCAUAAACUUGAUUGUAAAACCAUAGUUUAGUGAUGGUAACAAAGCAAACCAGUUUAUUUUUAAUCUUUAUUUACAGAAUUUUUGUAUUUAAACCUACAUAUUUGUAUUGUAAUUACAUUGUACAAAAGAUAAAUAAAGUAAUAUAAU